AUGGGCGGGGCACCAUUUUGGUUGGUUUUGCUAACAUCUUCCUCAAUCCUUGGUGCGCUUUGCACAGUGAGCGCCGAGAAGUAUCAAGCCUUCACCAAUCGAGCUGCCUUCUCGACCGAGCAUUUGGAGUCGCAGUUGGAUGAAAAAACCCAGCUGUAUGGUCAUGCGUGUGGUCACGUCAAUGAGUGUCAGAUGCUGAAGCCACCAAGCGACUUGGUAGUCGCAAUGACACAGAGUCCUUUUCUCUACCCUGGUCACGGCAUGCAAGGCCAUCUCCAGAACAUCAGCGAUGUGGGCGUUGGCGUCUUCUCCAUCUUGCCCGUUCGUAAUCCUUUGGACAACUACGUUGACUGGGUUGGUUGGCUGCGCAAACACUCGCGUGGCGCGGAUGCAAGCAAGUGGAGCCUGGCCAAGUUUCUCGAACACUGGCGCAACUUUCACGUGGCUUGGCAGGAUACGGAGCUGAUGCGUGAUCAGCCCAAGUUCAUUUUUCGCUACGAAGAUAUGGAUGACAAAGACGUGCGAGGACGUAUUUUUCAUCGCAUCGCCAAUGAAAUCCCAUACACCGACGCGCGCACGGGUGCCGAUCAGGUCCUGCGCGAUAUGCUCGGGGUCAUGUCUGUGAUUUAUGACGCCCGUGUCGUGCACGAAGACGGAAUCUCGUCGCAACCCGAAGACCCGUGGCUGGGUUAUCGGCGCCACUCCGUUGCUGAUAUACAAAUGGCCAUUGACAUGUGUCAUGAUCACCUGAAACGGUUCGGUUACCUCCGUCCGUACCAGCUGUGGCUCAAGGCCAAGCAGUUGGAUCCAAACAAUGAAAAACCCUUGAAUGCGUUGCAUCGCCAAUUUGCUGCUAGCUGGGCCCAAUUUGGCAACCAGAACUACUCGCCGGCCGACGCUCAGUAG